AUGAGAAGCACCUUCUCCUUCCCUGCUCUGGUGAAGAGGAUGCUGCUAUUACUCCUGCUCCCUGUGGCCGUUCUCCUGCCCCCCAGGGCUCGAGCUGAGGAGAUCAUUGGAGGAUGGGAAGCUCAGCCUCACUCCAGACCAUACAUGGCCUUCGUGAAGAUAGAGAAAGGAGGACACUGUGGAGGGUUCCUGAUCCGGAAGGAUGUGGUGGUGACGGCGGCUCAUUGUAACUGCAACCUUGGCACUAUCACUGUGGUCCUGGCAGCUCACAAUGUUUCCAGGCAGGAACCAGGAAGGCAGGAGAUCUGGGUACGUCGCCGAAUCCCCCACCCAGAAUACAAUGAUGAGACACUUGGAAAUGACAUCAUGCUGCUGCAGCUGGAGUCCCCGGCACAGGUGAAUGACUGGGUGAGACCCAUUAAGCUGCCAAAGGCGAGGCAGAAAGUCAAGCCAGGCACAAGGUGCAGUGUGGCUGGAUGGGGACUUACUAGCUCAGACCCUGAGAAGACUUCAGAUGUGCUGAUGGAGGGUGAUUCUGGGGGCCCCCUGGUGUGUGAUGGGGUGGCUCAAGGCAUUGUCUCCUGGGAUUUUAAGGAUCAGUCUCCUCCUGAAGUCUACACGAGACUCUCACACUUCAUCCCCUGGAUAAAGAAAAUGAUGAAAAAGUUACCUCAUUAA